AUGGCUCCAAAAGCUGCUGAGAAGAAACCCACCACUGGCGGCAAGGCCCCAGCUGGAAAGGCUCCCGCUGCCGAGAAGAAAGAAGCUGGCAAGAAGACCGCCGCCGCCCCAUCUGGUGACAAAAAGAAGCGAGGCAAGACGCGAAAGGAAACCUAUUCUUCUUACAUCUACAAAGUCCUCAAGCAAGUCCACCCUGACACUGGUAUUUCCAACCGCGCCAUGUCCAUCUUGAACUCUUUCGUCAAUGAUAUCUUCGAGCGUGUCGCCACUGAAGCCUCCAAACUUGCUGCCUACAACAAGAAGUCCACAAUCUCCUCCCGAGAGAUUCAAACAUCCGUCAGACUGAUCCUGCCUGGCGAACUUGCCAAGCAUGCUGUGUCUGAGGGCACUAAGGCCGUCACCAAGUACUCUUCUCAAAGCAAGUAA